CAACUGACUGUCAUGCGGUGAACAUUUUUUUAUACUUUGUGAAGUGCGUAUUGGUUUUUGUGUUGUUUUUCUAUAUGUAUAGUGAUUUGUGUAGGUUUAUCUUCUAUGCGAACAUUUAACAGUGGUUAAAGACAUCCUGCGCAACUUUGAUCAAACUUUUGAUUACGCCAUUAUCACAGUUACUUAGAUAAGUUGUAUCAAAAACAGCUCCCGAAUAACAUUUAAUAACACUCUAAUCAGAAACGCUUGAACGAUGGUGUCGAAGAAUUUGUUCGUUGCAAAAAGGACUUUAAAUCGUUUGUGUCAAAGUUCGAAAUAUGUAUGUGUUGUGAGGAAAAAUAGUGUUUGGACUCAAGACAAUAUCAUUAAAUCCCCGUUCAAAAGUGUCGAGAUACCGAAUUGUACUUUGUACGAUUAUGUGUGGCAGAACUUGGACAGAUGGCCCGAAAGGACUUUGGCAGUCUGCGCAACCACAGGACGUGGAUACACAUACGAACAAGGCUUCAAGCUAUCCAACACCUUUGCCGCAAAUCUUCGAAAGAAGUUCAAGAUCCGCGAUGGUGACGUAGUGGCCGUGAUGCUUCCGAAUAUUCCUGACUUUCCGCUCGUCACCAUGGGUAUAAUGGAAGCUGGGGGAACUGUUACCACCAUCAACCCUAUUUACACAGCACAUGAAGUCCAACGACAACUACUACUGUCUGAAGCUAAACUAGUUAUAACAUUGCCCGAAACGGUCAAAAUAAUUAGAGAAGCACUCGCGAUCGCCAAACUCAACGUCCCAAUAAUCGUCGUGAAUACAAAUGGGGAAUCGAUUCCCGAAGGAACAGUCCUUUUUAAUGAACUCAGCGAAGAUUUGCACGUAGACAAAUCGUGUUUGAAAGAAGUCAGAAGAGGUCCGAACGAUAUUUGCUUCCUGCCGUAUUCGAGUGGUACUACUGGCCUGCCGAAAGGAGUGGAGUUGUCGAUGAGGAAUCUGAUUGUCAACUGCGAACAAGUGAAUGAUCCCCUCAUCAGAUGCCACAGCGAGACAACUGCGACACACCAAGACAGGGCCCUGGUGGUGCUACCAUUAUUCCACAUAUUCGCUGCCACCGUCCUCAUGUUUCAUAAAAUGUCACUGGGAAUCAAACUGGUCACCUUGACUAAAUUCCAACCUGACACGUUCUUCGAAGCCAUGGAGAAGUAUAAGACGAAUUUGUUGUUCGUAGCACCGCCCCUUAUGCUUCUAAUGGGUUCGCACCCAGCUUCUACUGAGAGGAGUCUUCAAUACCUGGAGGUCUUGGUGAAUGGUGCCGCCCCGCUGGCUUCGUCUGAUGUUGACAGGCUAUUUGAGCGAGCAAAGCGCAAGAUCGACUUCCGUCAAGGUUAUGGCUUAACAGAGACCUCACCCACAGUCACUUUAACUCCCGUAGGUUAUACGAAGAACUUCUCUGGUACUGGGCCACCGAUACCUAACACGGAUCUCAGGAUAGUUGACAGCAACUUUAACAAUCUCGGACCUAAUGAGACUGGAGAAAUCCUGAUCCGAGGUCCGCAAGUGAUGAGAGGAUACAGAAACAAUCCGCAAGCGACCAGCGAAGUGUUCACGUCAGACGGAUGGUUCAGAUCUGGGGACCUGGGCAUUGUUGAUGAAGACGGCAUCUUGGUUGUAGCGGAUAGACUAAAAGAGCUUAUCAAGGUGAAAGGCUUCCAAGUCCCUCCUGCAGAGUUAGAAGCAGUUCUCCGAGAACACCCAUCAGUGGAGGAUGCUGCUGUGAUCGGCGUUCCACAUUCAGUUAACGGGGAAUCCCCCAAAGCUUUCGCAGUACUUAAGAAGGGUUGUCAAAGCCCGGCUGAAGAGCUUUGUGCUUUCGUGAAUGAAAGAGUGGCUCCCUACAAAAGAAUCCAACACAUUGUCUUCUUAGAUAGCAUACCAAAAAGUCAAUCAGGGAAGAUUCUUAGAAGGGUAUUGAAAGAGCAGUAUUCUUAAGGUUUUAAGCAAUUCUGAGAAUGAGUGGAGCUUGUGUUAUGGGAUCAGAAAAUACAAAUAUGUUUGAGCUACACAAAUGCAUAAAUAUUUUGUAAGUUUGGUAAGAGUGUAAUAAUAUAAUUAAUUACAUUGGGCCCCCAUUAUUUAAAGACACAUACGUCUUUUGAUAAGGGAAAUUAAGUACUUAUACAUUUAUAAACGUGGAUGUAGGCAGCGACAUAGACUUGAAAUUAUGAAGAAGCGACCUAAAUAAGGAUUUUUUUAUGAAAAAUGAAUCAUAAUAAAUAACGUAAGAGUUUCGCGUUCCGGGAUCAGCCUGUGUAGUACAUCGAGUUUCAACAGGCUGGCAUAAUUAUCUAAACUGCAUGUGGAUAAUCACCUCUCGUCAGUCAAUAUUCUAUAGGACCCCAGUCCACUGACCAUCAGAUGUAGUGGGUCAAUUCGCUGUAUAAAAUCCUUAUAACUUAAUGGGACCACGUCGUUUAAUUUAUUCCUUAUGCUGGGGUCACACUAAGGUUGAUAAUGCUAUUGCAAUAAGUAAAUUGUAAAAUACUGGCUUAAAUAAAAAUAUGUCUAUAUAUGAUUACUUAUGUUUACGCGAAUGUUAGAAUUGAAAUAUUCUUUCGGUUUUAUGGCGGUUUUUUAUAUUAUAAUUCUCUCUCGACGUUUCGAAACUUUGCAGCCUUCAUGGUCAUUGGGGUACGUCUCUUUGUGGCCAUGAAGGCUGCAGAACCGUGAUAAAAUCCGCAAAAUACUUUUACUUAACCUAAAUAACAUCAAAUGACAAAAUACUAUGUGGACAAAUGCCUAAUGUUCAUGUAAAAUUCUUGCUAAAAAUUGCAGUUAUAUUAGCUAGGUUUUGUCUAGAACGUUACGUUUUAGAUAAGAAAACGGCAUUAAACUUUAGUGUGACUAGCCGAUAUCUGAUUAUAACUAUAGCAAUAUAUAACAAAAUGUACUAUACUGUUCAUCAUCAAAUUAAAAAGCAAAAUUGCUAAGUUAUUUUCGUUGUCACGCCAUAGAAACAAAUUUUACAUGUACAUAAUAUUGACAUUUUGACCUGUACUUAUACAAUAUUAAUUGUAAAAACCAAUAACUCCGUAAUGCAACUUACGUUGUACCGAAAAUAGUGUCAUAUAGCAAUAUUAUUCAGAUAAUUCUGCAAUUAAUAACAACUUUAUGCUUAUGGUGAUAGUGUUUAUUGUUGAUUUUAGCUGUAUACCUUUAAGGUUGGCUUGCACAAUAAAUUACUAAGCAUGUUUAACGCUAAACAUGUUUAAAACUGCUGUCACUGUCAUUUAUUAAGAGUUGACGUAGACAAUGCACAAUGCUUAAAGCAUUUUUAGCGUUAAUCACAUUUAGUGAGAGGUUGUACAAGCCAGCCCUAGUAUUUUGGCCGGAGGAGUAAUUUUGUAUAAACUACCCAAAUCUUUAUAAUUAUCAGAUUUUUAUCUUAUACAAUAAUUACCAUACAAAUGUUUUAUACUUGUGACUGUAACGUAAUUGUUUUAGGGUGAUUAAGGAAAAUUUUACAUGUGAUUGAAAUGAUAAUCUUAAUGAUAUUCAAAAAAAUAUUAAUUAUAUAUGACUGAUUUUAUUAAAGU